UCUCUUUUGCGGUUUUCUUAAGCGGAUACAACAUGAACGUUAUCGGCACCUCUAUUCUCUUCGCUCUGGCUCUAGGGUCCACAUAUGCAGGAUUUGCAGAGAGUGAAGGCCACGGGCUUGGUGGCGACGGAGGCGGCUAUGAUCUAGGUGGCGGCCACGACCUUGGUGGAGGUCAAGACUUUGGGGGAGGCGAUCACGGGUGGCAGUCGGGUGGUGGGGAAAGUCACAGUAUAGAACACCAUCAGGCACCAACCAAGACCUUUGAACACACCAAAGCCGUACCCGUACACGUUGUUAAGAAAGUGGGUGUACCAGUUCCACAUCCGGUAGGAGUUCCAGUGCCUCAAGUGGUGAAGGUCCCAGUACCGCAGCCUUAUCCAGUUCACAUAAACGUACCCCAGCCGAUUCCCAUUCCUAUUUACAAACUGGUGCCACAAGAAAUUGAAAAGAAGGUACCUAUUCACGUGGAGAAGCUAGUCCCGGUGUACAUAAAAAAGCCAUACAAGGUAGAAAUCGAAAAACACUACCCGGUCCAUGUCUCCAAACCAUACCCAGUCCACGUCCCAGUAUAUAAACACGUAUACCAUGAAGUGAAACACGAGAAAUAUGUCGAUCAUGGCGGCAAAGGAUGGCAUUAAAUGUUAAACGUAACUUAUCAUCAUCCCCAUUGUCCCAUAAUAUUCGCCCUCAUCUUCUUUCUAAGUCAU